UCUUUUGGAGGCGGGCUCUUUAGAGAAGCCGGACCGGAAGUGACGCGAGUGAGUUCCGGUUGGCUGGAGCCCAGCGGCGGGUGUGAGAGUCGGUGUUGUGAGCCGCUUCCAGGAUCCUGAGAUCCGGAGAAGCCGGGGUCUGAGCGGCUCCUCCAGAGUUACUGAUCUAUGAAAUGGCAGAGAAUGGAAAAAAUUGUGACCAGAGACGUGUAGCAAUGAGUAAGGAACAGCAUAAUGGAAGUUUCACAGACCCCUCUUCAGUACAUGAGAAGAAGAAAAGGGAUCGGGAAGAAAGACAGAAUAUUGUCCUGUGGAGACAGCCACUCAUUACCUUGCAGUAUUUCUCUCUGGAAACUCUCAUAGUUUUGAAGGAAUGGACCUCAAAAUUGUGGCAUCGUCAAAGCAUUGUGGUGUCCUUUUUACUGCUGCUCGCUGUGCUUGUAGCUACGUAUUAUGUGGAAGGAGCGCACCAACAGUAUGUGCAGCGGAUAGAGAAGCAGUUUCUUUUGUAUGCCUACUGGAUAGGCCUGGGGAUUUUGUCCUCUGUUGGCCUUGGAACAGGAUUGCACACCUUUCUGCUUUAUCUGGGCCCACAUAUAGCUUCAGUUACAUUAGCUGCUUAUGAAUGCAAUUCGGUUAAUUUCCCUGAGCCACCCUAUCCUGAUCAGAUUAUCUGCCCAAAUGAAGAAGGCACUGAAGGAGCCAUUUCUUUGUGGAGUAUCAUCUCAAAAGUUAGAAUUGAAGCCUGCAUGUGGGGCAUUGGGACAGCCAUUGGAGAGCUGCCUCCAUAUUUCAUGGCCAGGGCAGCUCGCCUCUCAGGUGCUGAGCCAGAUGAUGAAGAGUAUCAGGAAUUUGAAGAAAUGCUGGAACAUGCAGAGGCGGCACAAGACUUUGCAUCACGUGCUAAACUGGCAGUUCAAAAACUAGUACAGAAAGUUGGAUUUUUUGGAAUUUUGGCUUGUGCUUCUAUUCCAAAUCCCCUGUUUGACCUGGCUGGAAUAACAUGUGGACACUUUCUUGUACCUUUUUGGACCUUCUUUGGUGCAACCCUGAUUGGAAAAGCAAUCAUUAAAAUGCAUAUCCAGAAAAUCUUUGUUAUAGUAACUUUCAGCAAGCACAUCGUGGAGCAGAUGGUGGCUUUCAUUGGCACUGUCCCCGGCAUAGGUCCGUCUCUGCAGAAGCCUUUUCAGGAAUACCUGGAGGCACAGCGGCAGAAGCUUCAUCACCGAAGCGAAGCAGGCACACCGCAGGGAGAAAACUGGUUAUCCUGGAUGUUUGAGAAGCUGGUCGUUGCGAUGGUGUGUUACUUUAUCCUGUCUAUCAUUAACUCCAUGGCACAAAGCUAUGCCAAACGAAUCCAGCAGCGCUUGAACUCAGAGGAGAAAACUAAAUAAGCAGAGCGUUUUUAUCUGCAGAAGUUAGCAUGGUGGAGUCCUGCCUUACAUCGGGAGGGCUCUAACCAGGAAGGAAGAUCCCCAUUUCCAACCUUUAUUGAUUUUUAAAACAUUCUUCCUGAAAGCAGUUUAGUCCAUAUUUUACACUGACAUACUUUUGCUUUAUUUGUUAAGGUAAGGUCUCCACCCACGUCCAACCCACGUUGUAUUCUUUAGGGUGGAUAUGAUGUUCUGCUGCACACUUAACAAAAACUGGCCUUCUGAUACUUUCACAGGGCCACAUGGUCCAACUGGAGAACCUCGGCCAGACAGAACCUUCCGAAGUAUGUUAAAUAUGUCAGGCUUUUUAGGCUUGUCACAAAUGAUUGUUUUUUUCUAAGUCACCAAAUGUAUAUAAGUUAUAUAUAUUGGAUAGCAAUCUUGCAUGUCUAUCAUGGAACAAUUUAAUAUGCCUUCCUUUCCCACCCUCAAAAAGGCCAUUUUAUGAUGCAUUGCACACCCUCUGGGGAAAUUGAUCUUAAAAAUUUUGAGACAGUAUAAGGAAAAUCUGGUUGGUGUCUCAUAAAUGAGUACGCCAUUUUUUAUUCUGUAUAUUUAGAAUGAAGUCGUGAAAAACUUUAUAAAGACAUCUUUGAUCAUUCCGAAAA